GCAACCGCGACCGCGCAGCGACUGUGUUUAUAGCAACGCGGCUCUCGGACUGGCAGCGGGCACCAUGGCGUUCGGCGGACAGCAAGGCGAGUGGUGGCGGUCCGACGCGGAGGUUCCCCAGCAGCCAACGACCAUCAUACAGCAGUUUCCUCCUGCGAUGCCCCCUGCAGUUUACCCUUUCAGACCAGGACAAGUGAAAGAAGAUCUGCUCGAGCUCAUGAUGCUCCAGAACGCGCAGAUGCACCAGCUCAUCAUGAACAACAUGACCAUGAGUGCCUUACACUCAUUUGGCUACACUGCAGCGCCUCCUGUUGAGCCCCCUAGGGUUCCUGUGAUAAUUGAGGAGGAGCCAGAGCCUGUGUACCACCACCACUACCAGCCUGUGCCCUUCCCUGCCUAUCCAGCAUGGCAGCAGCCCUGGCGACCUGCAAAAACACAACCAGAGGCUGCAGUGCGCCACAUGAAUCAGGACUCACCCGCUACCACAAACAGAGACAGGAAGGCUGUGCCUCCUCCACCACCCCCCAGUGCAACAAGGACUGUAGGAGCAGACAUCCCACCGGCAUCAGAGUAUUACGAUGUUACCGAGGGGCGACUGUAACUGGAUGCCAUCUCAGAGACUGCUCGUGAAGGCUUGAGGGACAACGGUGCCAAGUGACCCUGGAGGAACAUGCCAGCCGUGACAGUCCUUUACUGGCAGAAUCCAAUUAGAUAGCCUUUGAUUUCUUAUGGAGCUGGCAUCAUACCCAAAGGCCAUAGUAGUGACAUAGUAAUAAGGACGCGGCGGUGACAAUCCAGAGGCUCCUCGGUUGACUCGGCGACUGUGGCAGCUCGAUGGAAGGGCAUGGACACUCAGCAGGGUCAGCAUGCAGUGCCACUGUGCCAAGGAAUUAGUAAGAGGACAUAUUGGGAUAGAGUGUGCCCAAGGACAGGCUUCUCUGCCAGUGACACACUGAAGGGCACAGAAUCUCUACAUGGCAUCUGCUCUCCUUUAAAGCAUCGACCGUCCUGCUCUUGCCGAGGUCCGCACUCAAUCAGCAGACGUCCACUUCUUCUUCCUGGAAUUCCCACCUGGCCAUGGGCACAAGGAGAUGCCUGUGGGGGUCUUCUUACCUUAAUAAACACACAAACCGU